CCUCCGUCCACUGUAGAAGGAAUUGUGAUCUUCUUUAUCCGGCAACAAUCCGAGUUCGAUUGAGUCGCGAUUGCGGAUCUUGAGCAUCUCCUAGAAACUCCCUCUACAAGCUUAUGCGCCGUCUCUCUAUAUUAUUGUAUCUAUGGACAAAAGAGUGACUGAUGAAAAUUGUAGACAGUUUCGAAGUGUCGGGAGGAGUGAGGUGUGUGUAGCCUGUAAAAUAAUGGCAGAAGAAAAAAAUGACAGUCCAACUGAUAAGCCAGAACAGAUAGAUAUUACUGAAGAAAAGAAGGUAAAGCCUGAUGACAAGGCUAAGCAAAAACUUAAACAGGAUGAAGCAAUGGAAAAAAACAACAUACAAAGUAACAACAAUGAGAGUGGCAAUUGUUAUUGUGGCAAGGAAAGGAACCUGAAUAUUGUUGAGUUACUUUGUGCUAGUUGUUCUCGUUGGUUCCAUGAGUCCUGUAUUGGAUAUCAAUUGGGAAAGCUUGUACCAUUCAUGAUGAAUUAUGUAUUUGUUUGUAAAAACUGUUCACCAACUGGUCUAGAAAGCUUUAAAAAAAAUCAAGCACCAUUUCCUCAGAUGUGUGUGACGGCAAUCGCAAACCUGCUGCAAAUGUGCCAAAAAGAGAAUGAGCAGAAGACUCUUUUCCAUAAAGAUAGAGACAUCAUACCAUUUAUCGAUUGUCAUUGGGAGAGCAUGACCACGAUGCCUCGCAGAGCCACUCAAUCCUGGCAUGCUACGAUUCACAGAGCUUUACUUAAAGACAUUGGAACACUAUUUACGAUAGAUGAGACUUCGUCUGAAGGUCAGCUGUUCGGACUGGCGAGUUCUGAACUCACAUCAAUUAAACCGAAUUACGAAGCAAUGAUCAAGAAUGGUCACCUCCGAGCGACAGAGAUGGGCAUACAGCAUGUUGUACCACUUAGCGGAGGAUUGCGAGGACGUAACGCCAAACGAAAGUUGCCGGGCGAAGCUACAGGCACAGGUUCUGGAAAAAAAGGCAGAGGAUCUGACAUGACGACUCCCAAACUGCCGGCUCAUGGUUAUCCACUCGAGCAUCCCUUCAAUAAGGAUGGCUACAGAUAUAUUUUGGCAGAGCCCGAUCCUCAUGCUCCUUUCCGACAGGAAUUCGAUGAAAGCAGCGAUUGGGCUGGUAAACCUAUACCUGGAUGGCUUUAUCGAGCUCUUAGUCCAAGCACGGUUUUGCUUGCAUUGCAUGAUCGUGCGCCACAGCUCAAGGUUGCUGAAGAUAGGCUGGCAGUUACCGGAGAAAAAGGAUAUUGUAUGAUCAGAGCCACGCACAGUGUGAGUAGAGGCACUUGGUAUUGGGAAGCUACUAUUGAAGAGAUGCCAGAAGGAUCUGCAACGAGACUUGGAUGGGGACAAGAAUAUGCAAACUUGCAAGCUCCAUUGGGCUAUGAUAAGUUCGGUUACUCAUGGAGAUCCAGAAAAGGUACGCGAUUCCACGAAAGCCGUGGCAAACAUUAUAGUGACGGUUACGGCGAGGGUGAUACUUUGGGUUUCCUCAUAAUUCUUCCGGAUACACACGAUGCAUCGCAUAUUCCGAAUACUUAUAAAGAUAGACCCUUAGUGAAGUUCAAAAGCCACUUAUAUUAUGAAGAGAAGGAUCAAGUGCAAGAAGCUUUGAAAGCUCUACGGCCCUUGAAAGGUAGCAAGAUUAUAUAUUACAAGAAUGGAGUCACUCAAGGCGAUGCUUUCAUAGAUAUCAAUAAGGGUGCCUAUUAUCCUGGAAUCUCGUUAUAUAAAAGCGCGAUGGUAUCUGUAAAUUUCGGACCGAAUUUUAAAUAUCAACCAACAGAUAUUACAUUCAGAGGUGUAAGUAAACUUAAAUUGCACGAAAAAGCAGAAGAGGCAAUAGCUGAGCAGUCAAUGGCGGAUAUACUUUACCUCACUGAGAACGAAGGCAAAUUAAGACUGGACACAUUCGUGUUAUGACAUUAAAGCAUCUUUUUAUUUUGUCAUUUUUGUUGUACAUUUUUGUUGUACAUGCAGCUGCUAUUUGCAGGGAUUGCAGGGGAUUAGCACAACAAUAUGUGACCUAAUCAAAGUGAGGAAAAAAAAAUAAAUCGUAUAGGAUUUUAUAUUUGUACUUUUUAUUUGUAGUAUUUAAUUUGUGUAUUUACUUAAAAUUCUCGUGUUUUUGGCACAGGAAAGUAAAUGCAAAGAAGAGAAGAAUAAAAAAACAUUUGAAC